UCAUCAGACGUUUAAUAGCAUCCUGAACUUGCGCAAACUAUCUUGCGCUGUACUGCAUUUAUUUAAUUUUUUCUCUUAAGUAAAAAGCGGGGCUGUGCUGCGCCGGUAAAGUGUUUGCGGAUUUCUCUGUGGAGACGCCGCUUCAUGCUUCGUGCACCUGUGGACGCCUCCAAACGGACCUGCGAGGACGCCUUUUGUGAUUAUUUCCCCCACACACACACACAAACACACACGCGGGCCGGUUUAUUUUUAGGGUCUUUCCAGCGGCGUAAAGCGUCUGUCGGAUGCAUGGCUGGAUUUCAAGCAGUCUGAAAGGUCUGGUCAGAUUCAGCACCACAUCAGCUUUGAACAGCUCCCGAACGGCGCGUGUGGAUGGGCUCUGUCGGUCUCCGUGCCUCCUGCAGCUCCUAACUACCGGCAACAAUGGCAUCACACGGAUUCUGGUCUCUUGGCGGAGAUAAUGCGGGGGCCAAUACCGGGAGUCAGAGCCCCAGUACGCCCAGGGCAUGGUGCCAAGCAGCGGCCCAGAAAUUAUCAGGAGGAAUUGGAUCGAAAUUAUAUGCACUGCUAAAUGUCGGGGAAGUGGAGAAACCCGCCGAUCCGGCCGCGAAGCAGCCGCCGCAGACAGCUGCAGGAACCUGCGGCUGCAACAAAUCCUGCAACUGCACCAAAGCUGCUGUGGUCUUCUCCGACCUCUAUUCAACAGACCUGUUACCGGCCACAGACGGUGACACCAAAACGAUGACCUUCCUACAGGAAGUUGUGGAUAUUUUACUGGCCUACAUAGUGGAGUCUUUCGACCGGGAUACGAAAGUUAUUGAUUUCCAUUAUCCAAACGAGCUGCUUCAGAUGAACAACUGGGAGCUGCAGGACGAACCGGCGACUCUAGACGAUAUCUUGAUCAGCUGUCGCGCUACUUUGAAAUACGCCAUCAAAACAGCCCACCCCAGGUACUUCAAUCAGCUCUCUACGGGACUAGACAUGGUCGGACUGGCUGCCGAUUGGUUAACAUCUACCGCCAACACCAAUAUGUUCACCUAUGAGGUGGCUCCUGUCUUUGUGCUGCUGGAGUACGUCACUCUGAAGAAGAUGAGGGAGAUCAUUGGCUGGCCGGAUGGGCGAGGAGAUGGCAUUUUUUCUCCUGGUGGUGCUAUUUCUAAUAUGUACGCCAUGCUGCUGGCCCGCUUCAAGAUGUUCCCUGAGGUGAAAGAGAAAGGAAUGUCAUCUGUUCCCAGACUGGUGGCCUUUACUUCCGAACAUAGCCAUUUUUCAAUCAAAAAAGGUGCAGCAGCUCUGGGCAUUGGGACUGAAAGUGUGAUCUGCAUCAAAGCAGAUGAAAGUGGUAAAUUGAUCCCAGCUGACCUUGAGAGGAGAAUACUGGAGGCGAAACAGAAGGGUUUUGUCCCUUUCUUCGUAAGCGCAACUGCUGGGACAACAGUGUAUGGAGCCUUUGACCCCCUCAUCGCCAUUUCUGACAUUUGCAAAAAGUACAACGUCUGGAUGCAUGUGGAUGGAGCGUGGGGAGGAAGUCUGCUCAUGUCCAGGAGACACAGAUGGAAGCUGGACGGAGUUGAGAGGGCCAAUUCAGUAACAUGGAAUCCACACAAAAUGAUGUCCGUCCCUCUGCAGUGUUCUGCCCUGCUGGUCAGAGAGGAGGGUCUGAUGCAGAACUGCAACCAGAUGCACGCCUGCUACCUGUUCCAGCAGGACAAACACUACGAUCUCUCUUAUGACACCGGAGACAAGGCGCUGCAGUGUGGACGCCAUGUGGACAUCUUCAAGCUGUGGCUCAUGUGGAGAGCUAAGGGCACCAUCGGGUUCGAGGCUCAGAUUGACAAGUGUCUGGAGCUGUCCGAGUACCUCUACAACAAGAUUAAAGACAGAGAAGGAUACGAGAUGGUCUUUGAUGGCAAACCUCAGCACACGAACGUCUGCUUCUGGUACCUCCCCCCUGGGAUCCGCUACAUGGAGGACAAAGAGGAGAGAAAGAAACACCUGCACAAGGUGGCUCCAGUAAUAAAAGCCAGAAUGAUGGAGUAUGGGACAACCAUGGUGAGCUACCAGCCUCAAGGGGACAAGGUCAACUUCUUCCGCAUGGUGAUCUCAAAUCCUGCUGCUACCUUCGAGGACAUCGACUUUCUUAUUGAGGAGAUUGAACGACUUGGCCAGGAUCUAUAAGACUCAUCUCUCCAAAUCCUCUUGUACCCUUGACGGAUGAAUUGUUUGUCGUGAAUGUACCGGUAAACUUUUUCUUUUCUCUCUCUCUCUUUCCUCCAAAGUCUCACAUUUAAGAGUAUAUUUGAGAAAAAGAUCUGCAGAUAUAUCCAUAUAUUAUGUAUUGUAGCUUUGCCGUGGGCUGACUUGGUCCAAAGCUAUGUAAAAGUGCUUCUGUCUGCUUCUCCUGUAGUGUAGUAGAUCCCAGAGUAGUGUAAGUGAUGUAACGUCAUAUGUAAUUUUUGUGACAUGAAAUGCUUGUGAAAUAAGUCGAUGAGAAAGAGUUUAUUUUUCGAUCAUUUCUCAUUUGCCGAGUUCGUUGUUAAGUGCCAGACGUGGUUGUGUUCUAUUGUACCUUUGAAGCAUUUUAAACUUGUCGUUUAAAACAAAAAUAGCACUUCACCUUACCUCAGCGUGAUCAACUGCCUUUACAUCUGCACAUCGUACUCAAAGCAGGACAGAAAUCUUUCUCUUACCUGGUGUUGUUAAGCAGUGCCAGCAUAUGUUAAAGACAUAACCCAGUCAGAACAGAAUGCAUGAUGGAAACAUAAACUGAAAGCAGUUCCAAGCAUUUAUAAUCAAACCAGUUCACCACCCAUCACCUCUGCCUUUGACAGUUCAACCUGCAGCUUAUUAUUGCUGCUCUGCUUAAUGAUUAUUAAGACUUUUUUACUCUCUUUCUAAUGUGUUUAAGGUGAUAAAGGCUUGCUAAACCUACUGUUGAGUUGCUACAUGAACACAUCGAAAUGGGAACCAUUUCCAUCCUUGCUGUAUAUUUAGCUUUGCUCCAUGUGUUAGAAUGAAGAUCAGCACCUGAGCUAUAAUCCUUAAGUUUCCAGUGUAUUGAACCGCAUUGAAUAGCUUUCAAAUUUUCUGCAGUAGUCAUCAAACAUAUUUGUAUGCUGUCACUGUUGCUAUGUGUGGUAGUAGUACCAGUUGUUUUUCAAAGCAUUUCACCCGACAACCUUAUUUUUUCAUUGCUUAUCUGCCAGAGCAACUGCUGAAAGCAAAUCUGCUGCCUCCAGGAGCCAUUAUAUGCAUGUAUUCAUUUCCUUGCAUUUAUUAGGACACCUAGUUUGUGGCUGAGUAGUAUGUUUUUUCUUGGAAAGGUUGCCAACUGAGCAAAUGACCAGACAUGUCCAAGGAUCUAAGAUGUGCUUUAUGUAGUCCGUAUUGGGAACAUUAGUCAAAAUGACACCAUAUCUUCCAGUAAUCUAAUGUAAAUUACUUCAAAUUCUCUUAGCACCACGGUUCUUCUUUUCCCUACAUCCUUGCGAAUUCUCCUUCACCUCUUUCCUUGACAUCCUGACAUUUUUAAUCAAGACAAACAAGGGCAAAGGAGGUCAUUUUUUGACUAUUUGCUCACAACCUUGGAUAUGAUGUUCCACGAUGCCUCCCAAAUUGUUCAGAUGAAAGUUCAGUUCUCGGUGGAUGUAUACCCCAGAUAAGUACAGUAGGAUUACACAUGUAAGAACCCUUCUCCAUCUGAGAGAACAAGUUCCUGCUGGCCUGCCUGCCUCACUAAUGCGCCUAUUUGAGACUUGAAAAGGAGAAGACAUGCAAAGAAGCAUGUUGAAAUCAAGUUAUUGCCUUGUUUCUUUUGCACAACAGUAUAUGGGAAGAAAGACCAGCUUAGCACUUAGGCAAAGUGAUGCCAAGGUGUCCCAAAGGGCAUCAUAGCCCUGGGUUCACUCCAUGCCAACUGCCAUUUAUAUACAGGGAAUUUGCAGCACUAAAGAUUCAAUAUAAAUUGAUUCAAAGAUGUUAUCUAACUUUGUGGAUAUGUCUUGUACAGAGAGUCUAUGUCAAUGUUUUGUAAAAGUUUCUAUUUUAUUUAAAAUUUUACAAACUAAUUACUUAUUAGUGCUUGUUGCAGUGGACUUAUUAGAACUUGGAGGUUACAGGGUACAUGGUACAUUACCUGGGUGGCAGAUUAAGUCAUAACCUCUUUUUUUGCCCCAUCACAUUAAUUCCAUUACCAUCUCUGGGCACUACUCCGGAAGCUGUGCAGCACAGACUUGCUGCUAGCCUGACAAAUAAACCAGGAUGGAAAUCUUAAGGAUUAUAAUUUUAAAUCUGUAAGGAGAGAUUUAUUUAUUUUUAAGAGCCAUGCCUUUGAAUGAGCACUUAUCCAAAGGUUGUCAAUCUUUAGAGACUAGAAAGGGGACAAUAAUGGGGUACUGUUUGGCUAUAGGAUAUUCACCAGAUUUGCAGCUACUGUAUACCUGACAUUACUUGCACUAAAUCAUUGUGGGGAGGAGCAGCAUCCCUUAGCAUUGCAACAGAGAUUUCGUCUUUCUGCAUUCACAAGCAAUA